UUAUUCUUAAAUAAAACCUAAAAUUGACAUUUGAAACAAUUAAAAGAAAUCUCUUUGUUUGUCCGUAAAAUGUAGUUUGGGUUUUCUGAAGUGUUUACAAGAAGAAAGCAUUUAUGUGGUAUCGGUGUCAAGGUCGGAGGUCGUUGACUCAAGGACCUGAUAACGACGUCAUCUGUUGACAUAUAGCGGGUGUGUGGCCGAAACGCUAUUACUAAGACAUUACGUACCCGAUGACAAAUCUUAGACAUUUUCCAAGUUAUCUGUUACCCACAUAUAUCACCUCCGCAGGCAACGAAGCCUCGGAAUCCAACCUACUUGGAUUACUUACACUGUUGUAGGUAGUCCAAGCCUGAGCGAUCUAGUCUCCUUAACGGUCUAACCGAACCGAUACUGAAGUCACUGUACGUUACUUUAUUAUCAUAGUAAUAUUGGAUUUAUUUGUUGAUUGUAUCAAUUGUUAGUUAGAGCAUUUUUACUGUUUGGAUACAACCGCCUUAAAAUCUCUUUUAAUACUUCUCUUUCUGUGAUGUAAAGAAAGCACCUGUCAAGAACUACCGAACAAAACAUAGAUUUGUCAACAUAAGUACACGUAUUUUUAAAAGUAUAUUUAAAUAUAUCUUAUGCCUACGGAAAAUUAUCAAAUUCAUAACAUCUAUCAGUACAAAAGGAAGACCUACAAGAAUAACCAAAAUGAAAAUUACAUGAACAGUAGAGUCGAUCAGAACGACUUGACCGAUUCCCCGCGGAGUGACCGAGUGACCAUAGACGAAGCCGGCUGCAGCUGCGACCUCGACUCAGACGGAGAGAUCGCGAACAUCCUUAGCAAGAAGAGGCCGGUCAUCGAGUUGGCGCAGCUGCAGCUGCAGAGGGUCCUGGACGAAACAGACAACUUAUUUUGUGACAACAUCGAUUGCUGCAGGUCGAUCUAUGGUUUCUUGAACCUCUGUAAGGCAGCGAUCCUCAAGCACAAUAAAUGUGGCUGUAUAUUUCUAAGUUUAGUUAUAGUGGCCUUCCUGGUUGGUGUCAUCAUUGGCUCGGCCACCUGUGGUGCUACUCUGAGACACUUCAACAGCCCUAUCCUCACCUGUAUUGACAAUCUGUUUAUCUCGGGUCCGUCGCCAAUCCAACACUCCUUUAAAGGCAUCGUGUGAUAAUUUUAAACUGUGUUAAGUGAAUACUAAGCAUGUCAUAUUUAAUGUAUCAUAUAUGUAUAGAGCAGCCCUUUUUAUAUUCUUGUAAUUAAUAUAUUCUAUACAAUAAAGUCUCACUCCCAUA